CUCCAUGCCACUGCGGCGGGCUAAUGAAACCUCGAGGGCGCCGCGACUCCGCUUCGAACUGCCCGCGAAUGAGCCUCGGCGCGCAGGCAAAGAAUCGUCCGUAAGAUGCGGUACCUGAAACGAAAAUGCCGUCGCCUCGACCCGAAGAAGAUCCGUGAACACGAAAGAGGACCGUGAUCAAGGAGGAAGAUCGGCGAACGCGAAACGGUGAACACUGAUCGCGUCCGAGCAUCGACCGGCUGGCGAACCGACCAUCGGAGCUCGUUGGUUGCCCAUCCCGCGCGAAGAGAUGUGAAACGUCCGUUUUCUACAGCCUUUUGUUUUCCGUUGUACCGUUUUGUUGGAACGAAAUCGAGGAACGGUUCCGUUGGCUCGCGAUACCGUCUCGGUCGAUCGAUCGUCGCGCAACGUUUCGAAUCCUGGAUUAUGAUCGACGAGCUCGCGGCGGGACCAAAACAGCCGGAGGAUCCUUCGAGUCCCGAUUCGGCGAGGAGCACCGUCAGUCGUCGCGGGGCGAUCGACGAGCAACGAGGACGAGUCGAUCGUUCUCCGUGUUUCGCGUCGAAUGGUGACACUCGAUGGUGUCACCGUCGGGGAGUCGUUCGGAACAUACCGAGACGUCAGCGAUCGAGAGGAAGAGAUCCACAACGUUUCCGUGAUCCAUCGACGAUCCUCGCGGUUCUAUCCCAGUAAUUCGUGGCCUUGCAACUCGGGAGCAUGUGACGGAGCGGUUUUUUCUUAUCGUCCCAGUGCCCCGUCUGACGUCUUCGUUCCAGGAGCGUCUCCGUGGCUCGUCCUAACCCCGUUACGAUCGGCCCCUCGGGCAUACUAACGGAAGAGGAGAUUUGAUUAGUGGAAAAGUGCGAGGAAGAAGGGCGGAAGAAGAGCGGGAUUCCGGGCGGCGACAGGAUCGUCCCCGUGUUUAACCGAUCCAACGAACGCGGGAACACCGGGGGAAGACGGAGAGGUGUCUUGGAAGAAUACGGAAGAUUCCUAGAAGCGGCGUGCUGCGACACGGCCGCCGCUUUCCCUCCUAAUUACGAUAUAUUAUCGAGUACGCUGGUUGGCGGGUCCAAAAAACGUAGAGUAUUUUUAAUAGGCGCGGCACACGCACGCCGUGUGUCCUGGUGGCUGGUAAUUAAGUCUAGGGUUAAUCGACGUUCUAACGUUUAAAGAGGAAAAGGAAGGAAGAUCAACGUGGUCCAACUAAUAGGAAGCGAUUUAGCGCUGUGGUCCAAACUAAUAGGAAACGACAUAGCGUCGCGGUCCAACUAAUAGCUACUUAGGUUAUCCGUGAUUGUCGUGGGAACUGUACGCGUAUCUUUGUGCAGCCUGUGGCCGUCGCGUGUUGUUGUUUACGAUUCGAUCGCCGAAGUUUACCGCGGAUGAGAGUUUCCUUCGUCGCGGCAGGUACGUUUCGUCGGUCUAAGUGUUCGCGUGUCGUGCGUCUGUGUGUACCUAGUCGCGAUACUGUCGCGUGUAUCGCGCGAAACCACCCCUGCGUAUGCCGUACAUUUCGACGGUUCCAUCGAAGGGGCCGAGACUGGCACUGUGUCGGGUCGUUUAGGCGAUCGAGACGGUACGCGUUAAUCGAGUAAACGUAUCGUCUCGCGGGACCAGUGUACGUGAACUUUCCUAAACAACCAAAACGACCACGGGACGGUCCGUUGGUCGACGUGUGUUCGCAUCUAUGAAGGUGAACUCUGUGAAAUUCAAGAUGUGUCAUCGAGCAAGGCACUAGCUAUGACGACUUCGAGCAGAUACAGCAGCUACAACUGUCUUACCAGCUGGGACAGCUAUGACAGAAUACCAAGAGUUCGUGUCGAAUACUACGUGAACGAGAACACGUUCAAGGAACGACUUCAGCUGUACUUCAUCAAGAACCAACGUUCGAGUCUGAGGAUACGAUUGGCAAAUCUGUUUUUUAAGCUGUUAACAUGCUUCUUAUACAUAUUCAGAGUCAUCACCGACAACGACCCAACUUACGCGACUUGUUAUGGUUGCACGCCCGGCAACAAGACCGAGUUCCUCGCGUCCCAGAACCUCACGGAGGAAGAAUUUCAGGAGCAUCCGACCAUCAACUGGGACGCGAUUUUAUGGGUGAGAAGACCGUUGGAAUUGUGGGUCGUCCAGGUGAUCCUUGCAAUAGUAUCGCUUACGGAAGCCCUGCUACUCGCCUACUUAGGUUACAAGGGAAACGUCUGGCAGCAGCUUCUCUCUUUCCACUUCAUCCUGGAACUAGUCAACACGAUACCAUUCACGAUUACGUUGCUUUAUCCACCAAUGCGAAACCUAUUCAUUCCGGUGUUCCUAAACUGCUGGUUGGCAAAGCAUUCCUUGGAAAAUAUGUUCAAUGAUUUACACAGAGCUAUGCAGAAAUCCCAGUCAGCUUUAAGUCAGCAACUGAUGAUCCUUAGUGCAACAUUACUGUGCCUUGUCUUCACUAGCGUAUGUGGGAUCCAACACUUCCAGAGAGCGGGGCACAGGCAUUUGAAUCUGUUUCAAAGUACGUACUACGUGGUGGUCACGUUUUCCACGGUCGGUUACGGGGACUUUGUACCUGACAUUUGGCCCUCGCAGCUCUACAUGGUCAUCAUGAUCUGCGUUGCUCUCAUCGUGCUACCCACGCAGUUCGAGCAGCUGGCUUUCACGUGGAUGGAAAGACAAAAGCUGGGCGGCUCGUAUUCAUCGCACAGAGCGCAAAGCGAGAAACACGUGGUGGUGUGCAGUACAACGCUGCAAGCUGACACCAUCAUGGAUUUUCUAAACGAGUUUUACGCCCAUCCGUUGUUACAGGACUAUUACGUGGUACUGUUGUCGCCAAUGGAACUGGAUACCACGAUGCGAAUGAUUUUACAGGUGCCCAUCUGGGCACAAAGGGUAAUCUACAUUCAAGGAUCGUGUCUGAAGGAUAACGAUCUCACCAGGGCCAGGAUGAACGAGGCGGAAGCCUGCUUUGUUCUUGCAGCGAGGAAUUACGCCGACAAAACCGCUGCCGACGAACACACGAUACUUAGAUCGUGGGCAGUGAAGGACUUCGCACCAAGCGUCCCUCAGUACGUUCAAAUCUUCCGUCCGGAAAACAAGCUUCACGUGAAGUUCGCGGAGCACGUGGUGUGCGAGGACGAGUUCAAGUACGCCCUUUUGGCGAACAAUUGCACGUGUCCUGGUGCAUCGACCUUAGUCACACUUUUGCUGCACACUUCCAGAGGACAGGAAGGUCAGCAAUCGCAGGAGGAAUGGCAGAGGCUCUACGGUAAAUGUUCUGGAAACGAGAUUUACCACAUUAUUCUCGGCGAUUCUCGGUUUUUCGGCGAGUACGAAGGCAAAUCCUUCACUUACGCGUCCUUCCACAGUCACCGUAAAUAUGGGGUGGCGCUGGUCGCUGUCAGACCGGCGGAACUUCCGGAAUUUUACGAGGACACCAUUCUCUUAAAUCCGGGUCCGCGUCACAUAAUGAAGAAAACCGACACCUGCUACUAUAUGAGCAUCACGAAGGAGGAGAACUCCGCGUUCGUUGUGGCGAACAAUCAAACCGUGGCGGAGGGUAUGCAGGUAAUUACCGAGACGAAAACCGACAACACCGGUACGGCGGGGAACACAACGGCGAACAACAAUUCCACGAUAAAUUCUGGAACCAGCGCUGGAGUGACGACGACCACCACCACGAUAUCGACCAGCUGUACGAUCGCCGGCGGUGAUGGGAACGGUACAGCAAAUAAGCCCGGUGCCAACGAGCACCGUCGCUAUUCCAACAGUUGUAACAAUGCGCUGAACGAUACAGCUUGCUGCAGACAGGAGACGACCUGUACGGGGCCCCGUGGACAGAACGUGCACGGUACACAGGCUCACAGGGCCCCACAGGUUAUUUUGCAGGUCCUCCCUAGCACGCCCACACCACUCGAACACCACAACAUAUUCGCAUCCGAUGUCCACCCAACGUACCUCGAUCCCGGCGGAUUCGGAGAUUCACGGCAAUGCCUGAAAGAUGGAGGAUCCACGCCACAGACGCCAAUCACAGGGAAUCAUUUAGACGUUCCACGAUCCAUGGAUCCAAAUCCUAAUCUACUCAGUCCGGAGAUUCUUACUCAAAGAAGAGGGAGCAGAAGACCAAGCAUCCUGCCUGUGCCAGACAUGCUGACAAGCUCGACCUUGCAUCUUCCUGGUCAAGAGUCCUUGGACCACGAAGGUGACGAGUCCGAGGAUGAAAUGGACGACGACGUCCCAUGGAGAUCGCCUAGCGAAAAGAUCGCGAUCGUCAAGGGAUUUCCACCCGUUUCACCCUUCAUUGGCGUCUCGCCAACGUUAUGUUAUCUACUAAAAGAAAAGAAACCUCUUUGUUGCCUUCAAUUGGCACAGGUUUGUCAGCACUGUUCUUACAGAAACGCGAAAGAGUACAAUUGGCAAAACAAGACUAUAAUUCUAGCUGCUGAUUACGCAAGCAACGGGAUCUACAACUUCAUAAUUCCCUUAAGGGCGCAUUUCAGGUCGAAAACCUCGCUGAAUCCGAUCAUUCUUCUGCUGGAACGAAAACCGGAAAUUGCGUUCCUUGACGCGGUGUCUUACUUUCCUCUGGUGUACUGGAUGCGGGGAUCCAUCGACUGUUUGGACGACCUCCUUCGCGCUGGUAUCACCCUGGCGGAAAAUGUCGUCGUCGUAAACAAGGAACUCAGCAAUUCCGCGGAGGAAGAUACCUUGGCUGACUGUAACACUAUCGUCGCGGUGCAAACCAUGUUCAAAUUUUUUCCAAGUAUAAAGAGCAUAACGGAACUGUCGCAGUCGAGCAACAUGCGUUUCAUGCAGUUUAGGGCCCACGACAAGUAUGCCCUUCACCUCAGCAAAAUGGAAAAGAGAGAAAAGGAAAGAGGCUCCCAUAUAUCGUACAUGUUCCGAUUGCCUUUCGCUGCUGGCAGUGUCUUCAGUGCCUCCAUGCUGGACACUCUCCUGUACCAAGCAUUUGUGAAGGACUACAUGAUAACAUUCGUGAGGUUGCUGCUGGGUGUCGACCAAGCUCCAGGAUCUGGCUUUCUAACAUCGAUGAAAAUAACGAAGGACGACAUGUGGAUCAGAACCUACGGCAGGCUGUAUCAGAAACUCUGCUCGACGACGUGCGAGAUCCCGAUUGGCAUUUACAGGACGCAGGACACCACCGUAUCGGACACGUCUCACGGCGACUCAGACGCGGAGAGCGACGCCGGCGUCGGCGUGACGUACAAGGUGCGUCAUUCGGCGGCAGCAUCGUGCCUUGCGAAUUGCGCCACCCGCGACAAGGGUGCUUCAGCCUAUUCCGUGAGCCUCGGCGACGAAGCCCGCGACAAUCACGCCCAGCAAAUCGAGAGGGCCGAGAUCGCGAACCUGGUCCGUUCCCGGAUGGAGUCGCUGAACCUGCCAGUGGCCGACUACGACGACGUCUCGGAGAAACGGAACAGUCUGUCCUACGUGAUCAUCAACCCCAGCUGCGACCUGAAGCUCGAGGAGGGCGACAUCGUCUACUUGGUGCGGCCCAGCCCGUUCUCCGCUCAGAAAACGUUCGAGAGGCACAACUCGCGACGGAAGAGCAACAUCAGCUUCUGCUCAGCCCAGCUGGUGUCGCAGAUGAGCGCGGCGGUGGCUUCGGCAGGCCUGCCCGGUGCUGGAGCAGGAAGCCGUCGAGGAUCGGGGAUAGGUUUGCCCAGGGCUCCUCCACUGGGCACCACCAAGUCGAACUCGCUCUCCUUACCCGAUAGCCCUACAGUGGCUGGCACGUUGCGCGGCCGGUCGAACUCCCUCAGAGUGGUCGACGACAUUCUGCUCAGACGCAGCAACUCGCUGAGACAAGGGCUCACGAUGAGCAGGAGGAAAAGCAGCCUGGAGGACAUAGGUCUGGGCGCGUUGUCGCAUCCCUCUAAUCACAACCCGAUCAAGAUCGCGCUGAACGGAUCCAUCGGUCUGGAAGUGACUCCGCCCGAGGAGUGCUCGCAGGCUAUGGGCGCAAGCAACACGGGCAUCCUGGACGUCGGACUGCCGUCCAUGCCAGAGCUGACCGCUGCCCUCAGCUCGAACCUUGGCACCGGUCUGGGCGGCUCCCUCGGCGGUCUCUACGACCCACCGAGCCUACAGUAUCCCAUGGGAUCGCCGUCGCAGUCGCCGCAGAUCCCUAGCGGCACGCAGGAUCCUCAGCACAUACAAGGGACGAUCGUAUGAUAUAACCUUAUGUGGGGACGCAGGCUCUCCGGCGUGGUUCGAAACAAAUGGCUGUAAGCGUUCCCACAUUAUACGUCAAGAUCACUCUAAUGGGUGUCGCGAUCGCGUUGUCCGCGGCAUCCCGACUAACGACGAAUCAGGACUCGCUCGUGCUGUCUACUGUUCGUGUCAGGAGAGUUGGUAGUCUGGCACGGAUAGCAGGAAGUGGUAUUCGGUAGUUGAAGAGCGAUUGGUCAGGUGUAGUCGAUUAUACAAACGUGAGAGGUUUGUUACGGAAAUGGUACGAGUCUACUUUUGUUGAAAUUGUUACAAUUUCAAAACAUUCAAAUAUGAGCUUUUCGCUAUCCAAUUGCUCUCAAAUUUUGUGGAAAUUAAUUCCGAAGCUAAUCUCCAGCGGUGUUCAAGACGUUUUCUCUGGGGUUAGCUUUUACUGGUGGAGUUUAAUACAACACCACUAAGAGUGCAACCCUUAACAGGUUGACUGCCAGACUAAUACUCUUGAACAUUUCUACGGUGAUCAAGUUUUGUUUUCAGACUAUUGGAAGCUACACAAUCAAACAUUUAUAGUGGUAUUUAUUUUUAUAACUUCAUCGAAGUUUAAGAAUUUCAUUCAAAUUUAUUUUCUUUAGCACUUAACAUUCAGGAUUAAUUUUGUUCGUUCUGCAGUGAAAAGCACCGUCACCCAUACAGUCAGUCCCAUAAAUAUCCGUAACCUCUAUGUCUGUUAAAGAAAUCUGUUUAAAUUAAAUUUGUUUAAAUUAAAUAGUAGGUUUGAUGUUUGAUGAUUUAUAUAUCAAGCGAUAUCAAAACUAUUAUAUAAUUUAGUCAAACUUCUUCGAUAGACACAGAGGGUACGAAUAUUUAUGGGAUCGACUGUAUAUGGGUGACAAGGGUUUACACUGAGGAAUAAAUAAAUUAACUCUGAAAGUGAGGUGUUGACAAAAAUUAAUUUGUAUAUGACUAGUAAGUUCUAAAGAGAUCGCAAAAGCAAAUACUACCACAGGUGUAAUAUUACGUCAUUCUUCAAUUGUAUAGAAACAAAACUUCAGCUCCAUACGAAUUUUCACGAUUGAGAGUACUAACAUAUAUUCACGCCAGAAUAGGGCGAUGCUAACCGAACUUUUAGACAAGGAAAUGUCGAUAGCACGAGUGAGCCUUUAGGUGGGACUGAACGGUGGCAACUAUCAUGGAUAGUGAGACGGCCGGAGAGCAAGGUGUUUCAGUGACACUUGGAAGACACGGUGACCGGGACCGAUUAGCACCGGUGAGCACCUAGACGAAUUUUUUUACUCUGUUCCUUGCAUAGUUUCAAUUAGCCACGCAAUGACGGUAUUCAUUUAUGCGAACUCGGGGACCUAAACGCGGCGUCGUAGAGUCGCGACUGUGAUACGCCAGAACGCUGGAUUUAUUUGCGCGCGUCGGCAGGGCUGAGCUUUGCUAUUCGCUUUGAGUGAUUAGGUAACUCUGACAAAUAAUUAAUCGGAUGAAGGGGUUGUAAGAAUGAAAGGGGUGACUUGAUCUCUCUGAUAGUCCGUUAUGUUCCUCUUCUUAAUUAGUUAUUCUUUCUCGAUUCAUUUAGCGACGUACCUUUUUUUAAUUAAUGUUAGAGUUAAUGUCUGUACCUCAGAGGGAAGCUAUAUUAAAUUUGGAAAAUUGAAUCUUUGAAUUAACAGUGAAGGAUAUAACAUUACUCGAGUGUCUUAUGUAAAUUUUCAAAAUGAACCGACAUAGUUUACUUCAAAUGAAUACAGCUACAAUCUCUUGACAUUUUGAACAUCUCCGAGUGACAAUUGAAUAUCGAAAACAAAACUUGAACGAAUUUUCAAACCGACCCAAUAGCAAAUCAAUUAUUUUACUAUCUCUCACAAGUCGCGUGUCACAAGCGAAUGGAACAAAGACUGAAUAAUUCUUUGAUCGGAGGUUUCAGUUCUAGCAACGCCCAGCCUUGUCGACGUGCAGUCGUUUCAUCGAAGCUACGAUACUACUUUAGCGAUAAUUCUCUCUACGUAGAUAGUACAAACACACUUUCCGAGCAAUCUGAUUUCAAUUUGUUGCCGGAUAUCGAAGAGAUCGCGCGCUGUUGCGAGUUUUAUUUAAAAGUAUCCCAUUGAUAACAUUGCGGUGUGUGCGUAGUGGGCGUACGUUCUUAAAACGUUUUGCUCUCUAGUCGGCUCUUGCGUCUCGACCUCCGUACAUCCGAUCGAAUUAUUCGUAGCGAUCCAGAUGAUCGUUAGGACGGGCUAGAUCACAGCAUGCGCGAUGGUUCAUGCCAAAGGUCCAGUAACGCAAUUGAUAAAUUCGAGACGAUUACAUUUGUAGAAUAAAGAAACGAAAGUGGUGGCGAUGGGACAAGAGUCUCUUCCAGGUUCUUCGAUGAUUUCAUUUGCGCUUGGUAUUUUCUUGUUUAUUUUUCAAAUAGAUUUUAGCCAUGAUGCUUCUUCAAACAUAUUUAACAUAAUUACUAUAUGUGACAUACUUGUGAAUGAUACAAUUUACAUAAAAAUCAAAGGUUAAAUAAUUAAAGUGUGCAUAUUGACUCGUACUUCGUAAUAUAGACAAAAAGAGGAUGAUUUCUGAUGCAAAAGUACGUAAAAGAUGUAAAAUUAAAUUUUCUUCAGCUACUAACGUCGUACAAUACAAAUUUCUUUAAUAUCAUACGUUUCAAAUAUUUCACAUUUACAAGUAUUAAUUUGGAAACAUAUAGAAGUGUUCUUUCGCAUAAUGUAAUUAUUGUUAACGUUCAAAAAUAUUACGAAAAAAGGAAAUAGUUUUUCCAAAGGUCUCCAAGACUAGUAAAAUUAAACAAAUGAAAAAUUUGUACGCUCAGCAGACAUUAAUUUACUUAGUUCAAUCAUGCUUGUAACGUUACCAAAGAAAGGGAUUCUUGUCCCUCGUCGAAUGUCAUAUUUUCUCGAGGUAGCUAACGUGUGUAGGCGAAAAACGUGAAGUAUUUCCCUAGCGCAAGCCCCGAAUUCUUACGUAGGGUCUCGUUCCGCGGAUGAACGCGAAAUAAUUUUAUACUAGAACAAAUUUACGACGAGAGUAUAUUAUAUAAAUAUAUGAAAUAUAUGACCAUUUUAAUCAUAUCACGCGAGAGAGAGAGAGACACACCAACCGAGGUCGAAAUCAUUAUAUCGUGCGUGUGUAGGACGACGUGGACAUUAGACGAGUACUAGGAGUACCGAAUCGAGGUUUCAGGACUAAUUUAGGAACAGAACUCGCUUCCACGCGGAUAAUUGAAAUCCCCGCGAAUCCGUCGUGGUCUUGGUAACUCUCUGUUCGCCGUUUACAAGACGCGAAAGAUAAUCGAUUAUAUCGAGAAUGUAGUGCGAUUCUACCGAAAGAAGGUUACUACGUGAACUCCGUUUUCUUCUCUUCUGUUAGUUUACAAAAAAAAACAAGCAGUCUUAUCCGUACAAUCUUAUCAAAGUUUUCAAGUACGUCGUUUGUUGAGAAGAAAUCGUUUUAUUCUUAGCGACGAAAGAGCAAAAAUGUUUCGACAAUCCGUUCAAUCAGUUAGUUAAACGUAAGACGUCGUUUAGACUCAGAGAUGUAUCUAUUUGUUGACUCGACGCUUCGAGCCAGACGCAAUCGUUUCUCGACCAAUUUACACGUUUUCCCGACCAAACGUCGUCUUUUCGAGUACCUGCUUUGAUGCUGCUUCCGCUAUGCCCCCACAGGUUUGGCGAUUCAAUUAUCAACGCUCGGAUUGGUUUCGCUUUGUGGUCCACAAUGAAAAUAUCACCAAACGUGACGAGCAUUCUCGAGGAAGAUGAAUUUAAAGUCGCGCGAAGUUCGAUCGAAUUCACACAGAACAGAGAUAGCACUACAAAAACGUAAUCCCAAACCUAUUACCCCCUUCAUAAAAAUUAAAUACUAUGAUAAAUGGUAGAUUAUCUGAUUUUCAAUUGUCUCGAGGUAACAUUUGAACCGUCCAGAAAUAAUCACGAAUUUUAAGUCUGGCAAUUUUUGGAUCACAACUGAAUCAAAAUUAGUUUUUACUGCUAUAUUACAAUUGAAUUGUGAUUAAUUCAUCGAAACAAAAUAUCUGCAGUUUUCAUUGCGACACACAGCGAAACGAAUCUCGAUAGAUCUCCUUCGAUCCCUAUAAUUUACAUAUUCCUUAUUCUAUUUAACCUAAAUACUAAUGGAUUCUCGUGGCAGCUUGCCUCGAAUUCGAAGACGCGCCGCGAGCAUUUACAUUGUCUCUUAAAUAUUUCUCUGGCCCGCUCUCUGCAUCUUUAACUUUCUCUCCUUCAUUAACUCUCUGUCUUUCUUACCUUGAUUAGAGUAACGAAACCCGUCCCGACCACGAAUGUCUAUUACCUUCGUUGACGUUGGUGACUCGUGGAGUUUUGUACAUAUUUCACAGACAGCCGAGCUAUUUUUCAGAGAUAGAAACGAUGAUAUUCUAUAGUCUACGAUGGAAUGUGGUUUGUUUAAUCCGCGUCGAAGACCUUCGUGUUCUCUGAUCCCAAAAGCGAUUUGUUUCGAGAAACUGAGACGUGAAUGUUUGAGUGAAGCGACAGGGAAGUACGACUGGAAAGCGACAUUCAAUUUAACGGAGAUGAUCCGAGUGAAUAUUGACUGUACACUAUAGCUUCGUAAUCCUCUGUAAUCCGACGUUGAUGUGUUGAACACGUAGCUCUAGUUUCGAGAUUUAAACAAAUGGAUUUUCUUAUUUUCGAAUUUUUCUAAAGGUAUAAGUUCUGAAGACAUUAGCAAUGAUUUAGAACUAAAUCCCUUCCAAAGUCAUUUCUCUCAACUUUCGAAAUAUAUUGAUCAAUAAUCUUCAAUUGUAUUUAUAUUUAUAAUUGCAACAUAUUUCAAUUAAUCAACGAGUCAGGUUAUACAGGAUUAAAUUAAGAAUGCACGGUCUUCAAUAUUUGUGCAACGAAAUUGCGAAGUGCAGUUUACGCACAGACACGGUUCGAACAGAAAUAACAAAAUCUCGACGCAACGUACUCGCAUAAAAUUACGAGUUACGAUCGAAUCUCGCAUUCGUCGACUUCAAAAGAAUGACGCGACGUCUCUGCCGACUCAACGAUCGAAGAAAAAUAACGAAACGAGGAGAACAAUAAAAACAAGAACGCGGAAACUGUAGUUAAGGGAAACAAAAGAUUAAUCGAAAUUAUUUAAAGGACUAACAAAGACGUUGUUCCAACAGUGUACAUAGAUUAAUUGCCAUAGGAUCGAUCGAAAACCAAUGUGACCUGAAAUUAAAGCGAAUAGCGUGUUGUUACGGCGCGUUGUCGUUUACUACACCUACGUGAAAGUGAACUGUUACGAGUGUACGUGAGGUAUCCUAAGUAGGAUCGAAAUCAAUUGAUCGCUCGUGGCUAAUGAGAGGUUGUCCCACUCCUUCGCUCGAAUCUGCUUCCACUCUGUCUCCCCUCUAAUUUGACUUAUUGAAGAUUCUCACACAAUCUCUACAAUCGAUUUUUAUAUCGGGAAAAAGGAUUUUGAGGUUUUUUUUUUUAAGUUUAUUACAAAAGUAAUUAUAAAGUAAUUAGGUAAUUACUACCCAACUCCGUGCAGAUAGGCGUUAGAACUUCGAGCGACCAUUUGCGUUUGAUCCAACUACAAUAUUCUGAAAUAAGCGAGUAAUUGUCACAUGGUACUGUUUACAUUUGUAUAAACAUUAACGAAACCGUAGGACGCAAAACUGGCGUCCACGAUGGAUAUUGAAAUUUUCUAUUACAAAGAAGAAUAAAUUAACGAUUAAUUGGAACAGAGAUGAGCAAAAUCUUGAUCGAGUAACAGACGAAUUUAAAAAUACAGUGUGUAAUAGCGAUUAACUAGCGACGUUCAUUUGAUUGAACGGUCUUACAUUGAAUGUUUACAUGAAACAGCUUCGUUCAAUUAUUAACAUCGUUCGACAUAUCCUGUAUGCUUUCAUUUUAUAAUUUCAAAUUUCCAUUUUUAUUUGACAAAUAACGUGUAGUGGUAUAUUUUUUAUCCGUUAUUGGAAAUUUGUAUCUAGAUGAAGAUUUUGCCCGGCUCUGAAUCGGAACAAACGCUACCAUGUAAACGUAAAAAUAAAUGCGAUGCGAUCUAAACGUGUCGCAAUAUACCACUAUGUUACCAAUGAAGGUUAAUAUACGAUAAUAUUAAGGAAC